ACACUACUAUUAAAGUAUUAAUCUACUUUGCGCUCUUUCAUUAGAGGACCAGUCAAGCCCACUUUUAAAGAAGAAAAAAAAAUAGUAAUAAAAAGGAAAAGGAGCGCCCCUUUGAGGUCGAUCUUCAAAUCCCUCUUUUCCUCUCUCUCCGUCUUUCUCUAUCUGUCUUUCAUUGAAAUCGAUCUCCUCAUUUUUUGAGCUAUCAAUUUCAAACAAGAUUCAAUGGCCACAAGUGAGGAAUGUUGUUCAACUCAACUUAUUGAUGGAGAUGGUUCAUUCAAUGAUACUGGAAUCGAACGUUUUAUCAGGGAAGUAAAACUUUCUGAAUGCGGGCUGUCAUAUGCCGUGGUUUCCAUCAUGGGACCACAAAGCAGCGGUAAAAGCACACUGUUAAAUCAUUUGUUUUACACCAAUUUCAGGGAAAUGGACGCAUUUAAGGGAAGGUCUCAAACAACUAAAGGUAUUUGGAUGGCAAAAUGUGCUGGUAUAGAGCCUUGCACUUUGGUAAUGGAUUUGGAGGGUACUGAUGGAAGAGAACGUGGGGAGGAUGACACAGCAUUUGAGAAACAAAGUGCACUUUUUGCAUUGGCAGUUUCAGAUAUAGUACUCAUAAACAUGUGGUGUCAUGAUAUUGGUCGUGAGCAAGCUGCAAAUAAGCCUCUUCUGAAGACUGUAUUCCAGGUCAUGAUGCGAUUGUUUAGUCCUCGCAAAACGACUUUGAUGUUUGUCAUCCGUGAUAAAACAAGGACACCACUGGAAAAUUUAGAACCUGUUCUGAGAGAAGAUAUUCAGAAGAUAUGGGACUCAGUUCCCAAGCCGCAGGCACAUAAGGAAACUCCAUUAAGUGAAUUUUUCAAUGUUGAGGUUGUUGCACUUUCUAGUUAUGAAGAAAAGGAAGAGCAAUUUAAAGAACAGGUUGCUAAUUUGAGACAACGAUUCUUCCACUCUAUUGCACCGGGGGGGCUUGCUGGAGAUCGGAGGGGAGUGGUACCUGCUUCAGGGUUCUCGUUUAGUGCACAACAGAUCUGGAAAGUCAUUAAGGAGAAUAAGGACCUUGACCUUCCAGCCCAUAAGGUCAUGGUGGCUACGGUACGCUGCGAAGAAAUUGCCAAUGAAAAGUAUGCUAGUUUCACUGCAAAUGAGAGCUGGUGUCUGUUAGAUGAAGCUGUACAGUCUGGUCCAGUUGCUGGCUUUGGGAAGAAGCUGAAUUCAAUUCUCUAUACUUUUCUAUCAGAGUAUGAUGCAGAAGCCACGUAUUUUGAUGAAGGUGUCAGAUCUGCAAAGCGGAAGCUGCUUGAAGAAAAACUGCUACAACUUGUCCAACCAGCCCACCAAUCCAUGCUAGGACAUUUAAGGUCUGGAACUCUUGAAAAAUUUAAGGAAGCAUUUGAGAAGGCUUUGAAUGGAGGGGAGGGGUUUUCUGUGGCUGCUCGCCACUGCACUGAAUCUUACAUGGCUUUGUUUGAUGAGGGAUAUGCAGAUGCUGUUGUUGAAAUAGCAAAUUGGGAUUCUUCUAAAGUAAGGGAUAAGCUACGUCGUGAUAUUGAUGCACAUGUUGCUUCUGUCCGAGCUGCCAAACUUUCGGAGUUGACUUCAACAUAUGAGGCAAAGCUGAACAAUGCAUUAUCAGGACCUGUUGAAGCACUUUUAGAUGGAGCUAAUAAUGAGACCUGGCCUGCAAUAAAGAAACUUCUCCAGCGUGAAACUGAAUCAGCUGUUUCUGGACUCUCCAAUGCCCUCUCUGGUUUUGACAUGAAUGAACAAACCAAGGAGAAGAUGUUAAUGAGUCUACAGGAUUAUGCAAGGGGUGUGGUUGAAGCAAAAGCAAGAGAAGAAGCUGGAAGGGUAUUGAUCCGUAUGAAGGACAGGUUUUCAACAUUGUUUAGUCGUGAUUCUGAUUCAAUGCCACGGGUUUGGACUGGGAACGAAGAUAUUCGAGCCAUCACUAAAGCAGCUUGCUCUGCAUCCUUAAAGUUGCUGUCUGUCAUGGCUGCAAUCCGGUUGGAUGAUAAUGUUGAUAAUAUCGAGAAUACACUAACUUCUGCCUUGGUGGAUACCAAAAAUAAUGCAGCUGUGACUGAUAGGAGCAUUACAACAUUUGAUCCACUGGCCUCAAGCACUUGGGAGCAGGUUCCACCUGCCAAGACAUUGAUCACGCCUGUUCAGUGCAAGUCUUUGUGGCGGCAAUUCAGGGCUGAGACAGAGUACAGUGUCACACAGGCCAUUUCUGCUCAGGAAGCCAACAAGCGUAAUAACAACUGGUUGCCACCUCCAUGGGCAAUUGUUGCCUUGAUGGUCUUGGGUUUUAAUGAAUUUAUGACUCUUCUAAGAAAUCCUUUAUAUCUGGGUGUCAUCUUUGUGGGUUUCCUAAUUAUGAAGGCUCUAUGGGUGCAGCUUGACAUCUCGGGUGAAUUCCGCAAUGGCGCUCUUCCUGGGCUUCUUUCCUUAUCUACCAAAUUCCUUCCCACCAUUAUGAACCUUCUCAAAAAGUUAGCCGAGGAGGGGCAAAUGCCUGCAACUAACAAUCCUCAGAGAAACCAAGCUGUAAGAUCCACGAGCUUCCAAAAUGGAAGCACCAGCAGCAAUAUGUCAUCAAGCGCUUCAUCCGGAGUAACUGCAUCAGGAAACGGGACCGAAUACUCCAACCCCACGAAAGAAGAUAACUUACUAGAAUAGAAUACGUUCUCUGUGUUUUGAAGAUGCCUGUAUUGUGCUCGCUUUCAUGGUCGGGUGUUAGUCACUAUGUUUUAAUGGUUCCAUGAAGUAUAUAACUAUUCCAAGAAUGUGGGAGUUGCAUAUGAUGAAAAAGGCAUUUAUUUUUGUGCAAGUGCCGCGUACAAGGGUCCCCGCUUUCUUGCGAUAGACCCCCCACUAAAUAUUUUUUUUAAAUUCUUUUUCACUCUAUUCUUCAGUCUAGGUUUAAUCUUUAUGUUUUUAUUGUAUGUUGGCCAAGUGGCUUAUUAUAUUUUUUACCUUGAUGGCUUCUGGUUAUGCUUGUUUUUACCCAAUUUUGCUCUUGUGCGUAUUUGUCAUGUCAUUUUCGAUUGUAUGCAGCUGAAAUUUGGUUCAUGGGCCUCUCUCAGCUGGUUUCAUUUAACCCUUUUCCUCCCUUGAUGACGCCAAUCGAAGUUUUAUUGUGAGCUUUGAGUAGUAAAAACAAUGCCUAUUUUAGGAAAUUAAUGUUCUUUUCCCCUUGUCCUUAAAACGAAAAACUAGUAAAAGAAAGGGUUACUUAGGCUGCUGACUGGUUUUGUUUGUGGUAUUGUUUUUUUUUGUUCCUU